CUGUCCUCGCCCGGCUCCUCCUUGCCCAGCGCCCCGCAGCCGCCGAGCUCAGCCCCGAUAGAUGGAGACAGGCCCCGCCACCGCCGAAGCACGAGCAGGAGCAGCCCGGCCCGAGGAGAGCCAGAGCCGGCGCCGAGACCCAGCCCGACCCUGAGGAGAAUGUCCCAGAAAUCCUGGAUAGAAAACACUUUCACCAAGAGGGAAUGUGUGUAUAUUAUACCAAGUUCAAAGGACCCUCACAGAUGCCUUCCAGGAUGUCAGAUUUGUCAACAACUUGUCAGGUGCUGCUGUGGUCGCUUGGUCAGGCAACAUGCUUGCUUUACUGCAAGUCUUGCCAUGAAAUAUACAGAUGUCAAACUGAGUGAAAAUUUUAAUCAAGAAAUAGAAGAUUGGUCAGUGGAAAAACACACAGAACAGAGUUCAACUGAUGCUUAUGGUGUCAUUAACUUUCAAGGUGGCUCUCAUUCGUGCAGAGCAAAGUAUGUGCGAUUGUCAUAUGACACUAAGCCUGAAGCCAUUCUACAACUUCUUCUUAAAGAAUGGCAAAUGGAGCUGCCCAGACUUGUUAUCUCUGUACAUGGGGGGAUGCAGAAAUUUGAACUUCAUCCACGCAUCAAACAAUUGCUUGGCAAAGGUCUUAUUAAAGCUGCAGUAACAACAGGUGCCUGGAUUAUAACUGGAGGAGUAAACACUGGUGUUGCAAAACAUGUUGGUGAUGCCCUGAGAGAACAUGCUUCCAGAUCAUCUCGAAAGAUUUGCACUAUUGGGAUAGCUCCAUGGGGAGUGAUUGAAAACAGAAAUGACCUUGUUGGAAGAGAUGUUGUUGCUCCAUAUCAAACUCUGUUAAACCCUCUAAGUAAACUAAAUGUCCUAAAUAAUCUCCAUUCCCAUUUCAUACUGGUGGAUGAUGGAACAGUUGGAAAGUAUGGAGCAGAAGUUAACUUGCGAAGAGAACUGGAAAAAACUAUCAAUUUGCAGCGGAUCCAUGCAAGAAUUGGCCAGGGUGUCCCUGUGGUAGCACUGAUAUUUGAAGGUGGUCCCAAUGUUAUCCUCACAGUUUUGGAAUACCUUCAAGAAAGUCCUCCUGUACCAGUAGUAGUAUGUGAGGGAACUGGGAGAGCAGCAGACAUACUGGCAUAUGUUCAUAAGCAAACAGAAGAGGGAGGAAAUAUUCCUGAUGGAGCAGAACCUGAAAUCAUUUCAACCAUCAAAAAAACAUUUAACUUCGGUCAGAGUGAGGCAGUUCAUCUGUUUCAGACAUUGUUGGAAUGCAUGAAAAAAAAAGAACUUAUUACCGUAUUCCAUAUUGGGUCAGAUGAACAUCAAGAUAUUGAUGUUGCAAUACUUACAGCUCUGCUAAAAGGUACAAAUGCUUCUGCAUUUGACCAGCUUGUCCUUACACUGGCAUGGGACCGAGUUGAUAUUGCCAAAAAUCAUGUUUUUGUUUAUGGACAACAGUGGCUGGUUGGAUCCCUGGAACAGGCUAUGUUAGAUGCCCUUGUGAUGGAUCGAGUUGCAUUUGUGAAACUUCUUAUUGAAAAUGGAGUAAGCAUGCACAAAUUCCUUACAAUUCCCAGGCUGGAAGAGCUUUACAACACAAAACAAGGCCCAACUAACCCAACACUCUUUCACCUUGUUCGGGAUGUCAAACAGGGAAACCUUCCUCCAGGAUAUAAAAUCAACCUGAUUGAUGUAGGGCUUGUUAUUGAAUAUUUGAUGGGAGGAACCUACAGAUGCACCUAUACGCGAAAACGCUUUAGAGUCAUAUACAACAGUCUCAGUGGGAACAGUCGGCGGUCUGGGCGUAAUCCUUCAAAUAAUACUCCUCAACUGCGUAAAAGCCAUGAGCCUUUUGGGAACCGGGCAGAUAAAAAAGAGAAAAUGCGACAUAAUCAUUUCAUCAAAACUGCACAGCCUUACAAACCAAAGAUUGAUACAAGUGCAGAAGAAGGAAAAAAGAAAAGAACCAAAGAUGAAGUUGUAGACAUUGAUGAUCCUGAAACUAGACGCUUUCCUUAUCCUCUUAAUGAACUCUUACUUUGGGCAGUGUUAAUGAAAAGACAGAAAAUGGCCCUCUUCUUCUGGCAGCAUGGUGAAGAGUCCAUGGCUAAAGCCUUAGUUGCCUGCAAGGUGUAUCGUUCAAUGGCACAUGAGGCAAAACAAAGUGACCUUGUUGAUGAUACCUCAGAAGAACUGAAACAGUACUCCAAUGAGUUUGGACAACUCGCAGUUGAACUACUAGAACAGUCCUUCCGACAAGAUGAAACCAUGGCUAUGAAGUUAUUAACGUAUGAGCUGAAGAACUGGAGUAAUUCAACUUGUCUUAAGCUAGCAGUGUCUUCAAGACUCCGCCCAUUCGUAGCUCAUACUUGUACACAGAUGUUGUUGUCUGAUAUGUGGAUGGGAAGACUAAACAUGAGGAAGAAUUCAUGGUACAAGGUGAUACUGAGCAUCUUACUACCCCCUGCCAUACUAAUGCUGGAAUAUAAAACCAAGGCAGAAAUGUCCCAUAUUCCGCAAUCUCAAGAUGCGCACCAGAUGACAAUGGAAGACAGUGAAAAUAACUUCCAGAAUACAGCAGAAGAGAUACCUAUGGAAGUAUUUAAAGAAGUAAGGGUCUUGGAUAGUAGUGAAGGAAAACAUGACAUGGAGAUGCCAACAAAACCUAAGCGACUUCCAAUUACACGAAAGUUUUAUGCAUUCUAUCAUGCGCCAAUUGUGAAGUUCUGGUUCAAUACGUUGGCAUACUUAGGAUUUCUGAUGCUUUACACAUUUGUAGUCCUUGUAAAAAUGGAAGAAAUACCAUCAGUUCAAGAAUGGAUUGUUAUAGCUUAUAUUUUUACGUCAGCUAUUGAGAAGAUUCGUGAGAUCUUUAUGUCAGAGGCUGGGAAAAUUAAUCAGAAGAUUAAAGUGUGGUUCAGUGAUUACUUCAAUAUCAGUGAUACAAUUGCCAUUGUUACUUUCUUCAUUGGGUUUGCACUAAGAUUUGGAGCAAAAGGGAACUUUGAUGACAAUACUUACAAAGAAAAUUAUGUUUUUGUUGCUGGAAGAAUAACAUACUGUCUAAAUAUUAUAUUUUGGUAUGUGAGAUUACUGGAUAUUCUAGCUGUAAAUCAACAGGCUGGCCCUUAUGUCAUGAUGAUUGGCAAAAUGGUGGCCAACAUGUUCUACAUUGUAGUGAUUAUGGCACUUGUACUGCUUAGUUUUGGUGUUCCCAGGAAGGCAAUACUCUAUCCUAAUGAAGCACCAUCUUGGACUCUUGCUAGAGAUAUUGUGUUUCAUCCAUACUGGAUGAUUUUUGGUGAAGUUUAUGCAUAUGAAAUUGAUGUAUGUGAAAAUGAUUCAUCAGUUAGCCGUCUCUGUGGACCUGGAACAUGGCUGACCCCAUUUCUUCAAGCUGUGUACCUCUUUGUACAGUACAUUAUUAUGGUUAAUCUCCUUAUUGCAUUUUUCAACAAUGUGUAUUUACAAGUAAAGGCAAUUUCAAACAUCGUAUGGAAGUAUCAGCGCUAUCAUUUCAUUAUGGCCUACCAUGAAAAACCUGUCCUGCCUCCACCUCUUAUUAUUCUUAGUCAUAUGGCUUCCUUAUGUUGUUGUAUCUGUAAAAGAAGAAAGAAAGACAAGACUUCAGAUGGACCAAAACUCUUCCUAACAGAAGAAGACCAAAAGAAACUUCAUGACUUUGAAGAGUUGUGUGUUGAGAUGUAUUUCAAUGAAAAAGAUGAUAAAUUCCACUCUGGAAGUGAAGAGAGAAUUCGAGUCACAUUUGAACGGGUUGAACAAAUGUGCAUUCAGAUAAAAGAAGUUGGUGAUCGAGUCAACUACAUCAAACGGUCAUUGAACUCUUUAGAUUCUCAGAUUGGCCACCUACAAGAUCUCUCUGCUCUCACUGUGGAUACUCUAAAAACACUAACUGCACAAAAAGCUUCAGAAGCCAGCAAAGUCCAUAAUGAAAUUACCCGGGAGUUAAGCAUUUCAAAACAUUUGGCACAAAACCUUAUUGAUGAUGGUUCUCUGAGAUCUUCAGUAUGGAAAAAACACAACAUUGGAAAUGCGUUUGGUGGUUCUUUUCCACAAGGAGACCUCGAGAGUAGUAAUGCUUUAUUAUGUAACAUUUCUAUGCACAGUGAAAGAGAUAUUCAACAUAAGACAAUUGGUCAGGAUUUAGCUCCAGUUGCCAGGAGGGAAGAACUAAGCUUUCAAGAGGCAGGUUCUUCAGGCAGUGCCUUUUUUCCAAGUGCAGUUUCUCCUCAAGAACUUCGACAAAGAUUACAGGGUUCAGAUAUCUCAAAAUCCAUUAAUAAAAAUAAAAAAUUAGGCAAUUCAUCGAACAGCAUGCCACGACUAACAUCCCCAACAGCUAAAUUGUUUGUUAGCACUCCAUCUCAGCCAAGUUGCAGAAGUCAGUUGGAAUCUACAGCAAACAAUGAAGCAGCAAUUUUGUCUAAGGCUACAGAAGGAGAUAGUAACGUAGAAUUUGGUGCAUUUGUGGGUCACAGAGACAGCAUGGAGUUACAACAAUUUAAGGAGUCAGCAAUUAAAAUUAAAGAAAAAAAUGCUAAUAUGGAGGAGCAACAAGAGGACUUUAAGAAAGCUAUUCUGGAGGGCAUGGAGUUGACCAAACAUGAGACUGGUCUUCAAGCUGAUGGCAACCUAAGACAGGUUAACUCUUGUGAUGGAUUUACAGAAUAUCACAAAAACUCUUUGGCAGUUCAUUCAGAACAAUUUCACAACAAAAGUAGAAGAGCAUCAGCUGAAGAUACUCAGCAAGUAGACUCUAAGGCUGCAUUGCUUACGGAUUGGUUACAAGGUAGACCUUCAAGUAGCAAUCAAAUGCCUUCUGAAGAAGAUACCUUGAAUGGUAUUGCUUCUCCUUUCAAGCCGAUCAUGGACACCACUUACUACUACUCAGCUGUGGAAAGGAAUAACUUGAUGAGAUUAUCACAGAGCAUUCCAUUCACUCCUGUGCCUCCAAGAGGUGAGCCAGUCACUGUGUAUCGCCUUGAAGAAAGUUCUCCCAACAUCUUGAACAACAGCAUGUCUUCCUGGUCACAGUUAGGACUCUGUGCUAAAAUUGAAUUUUUAAGUAAAGAGGAGAUGGGAGGUGGAUUACGUCGAGCCGUUAAAGUAGCAUGCACGUGGUCAGAAUAUGAUAUCCUGAAAUCAGGACAUCUUUAUAUCAUCAAAUCUUUUCUUCCUGAAGUUGUGAAUACUUGGUCAAGCAUUUACAAAGAGGAGACAGUGUUGCACCUCUGUUUGAGAGAAAUUCAACAGCAGAGGGCAGCACAGAAGCUCACGUUUGCUUUCAAUCAAAUGAAGCCUAAAUCCAUUCCAUAUUCUCCAAGGUUCCUGGAAGUUUUCCUGUUAUAUUGCCACUCAGCUGGACAGUGGUUUGCAGUUGAGGAGUGCAUGACUGGAGAAUUUAGAAAAUACAACAAUAACAACGGUGAUGAAAUAAUUCCAACUAACAUGCUAGAAGAGGUCAUGCUAGCAUUCAGCCACUGGACUUAUGAAUAUACAAGAGGAGAGUUGCUGGUACUUGACCUGCAAGGUGUAGGUGAAAAUUUGACAGAUCCCUCUGUGAUAAAAGCUGGAGAAAAAAGGUCAUAUGAUAUGGUGUUUGGUCCUGCCAACUUAGGAGAAGAUGCAAUCAAAAACUUCAGAGCUAAGCACCAUUGCAAUUCUUGCUGCAGGAAACUUAAACUUCCUGAAAACUACGAUCCCUGGUGAGGAAAUCUUAUCUGCACAGUUCACAUAAGGAUCAUUCUAAAAAUAAGAAAAUAGAUUGCAACAGGGUUGUCAAACUUCCUCCUGCCCCUCCACCCCCAAUAUAGUGAGGUGAGGUGCUUUGUGCCAACCACUACACUGCAUGGCGGUCCAAACUCUGAGUUCAAAUCCUGCCCAUCCUGCAAUGGACUGAUCCCCAUAAAGAAUGGGCACAGCCAAUGCUCCUCCUAUCUAGGAGGGAGCCAUAUCCUGGAUAAGUGCUUUGUAUUUAAGUUUUUCUCUGCCAGUAUGCACAAGUUCAGGUAUGUUAGGCUCAAAGUACAUCUACUGUAGUGAUCCAUGUGGAUCACUUCAGACCCAAAGGUGAUAGUUAUGACUAGAGCAAGACCAGAUAAAUGAGUAUUGACCAGUAAUCCCUCAAGCUCCGGAAUCAGGCAGUGGAAAGAAGGUGAUAGUAUGUGAGCAGAGUCAGCACCAUCAAUGCUGACCACCUUAACAUCAGCAAAGUCACCAGUGCACAAGAUCUUGGUGUCAGUAAUCUCGGCACCAGCCCCUUCAAUGUCAGCAGUUCAGCACUGAUUACCUUGGCACCAUAGACCUGAUGCAGAUAACUCCAGCUCCUGUACAGACUCACCUACUCACAGACAAUAAAGCCAGCAUUUGCACCACCCCAUAAAGAGGACACCAAUUUAUAUAGUCAGUCCAAACAUAAGCAUAGGUCCAAGACUGCAGGUAGCUCCUGGAGGACGGACUUGACAUCACUCCUCAAAACACAAAGCCCCUUGGCAUUUGGGCAGAACAAUAGUCUCAUUACUGACUGAGCUGAGCAAGAAACUCAGAUAUGUUGUAGAAGCAUCCAUAUCAGCCCUAGCAACAUUGCCAUUACCAAAAAGGUGGAUUGAUAUCAGCCCUUCCACAAGGAGAUACUUUGCUCCUCACUAUCACUAAAAUACUACUUGUUGCUAGCAUUGAGUAUCAGUGUGGGAGUGUCACCGGGCUUGCCAGCCUCAACCAGGUUAAUACACAUAUGGCAUGCUACUAUGGCCAUAUUAACCGUACUGGGGACCAUCCUCCCAUCUGCUGAGUAGCAGGUCAUCCUCCCACAUGUCUAGAAAAAAAUUGUGCAGCUUCACUGGCAAGACCACUUGUACUGAACUGGAUGUGGGCCAACAGGAACAGGAGUCAAUAGAGGGACAACUCCAGUCUCUUCCCAGGAAAUCCUCCUUAUCACUGGAGGAGACUGAACAAAUAUAUAUAUUUCCUUAGAUUCAGGAUGGUAAUGCUUGCCUCCAUCAUUCCAUAUCUGCAAGCUCAAGAUUGGCUGGUGGCUCUCAAGAUUCAUAUUUCCACACAGCCAUCCAUCUGGCCCACAGGGAGUACCUAGGAUUCAUAGUGGGACCCAGCUAUUGCCAGUACAAGAUACUGACAUCUGGACUUUCCAUGGCACAAAGAAUCUUCACAAAAUGCCUAGAGUUGGUAGCAGAACACUUAUUUUAUUUUAUUUUUAUUUUAUUUUAUUUUUUAAGGCAUUCAUUUUUAUCAUUACCUGGACAAUUCGUUCAUCAGGGCAGAUCCCAGCAGGAGGCUGCAAAUUUCACCCUUUCCCUCUUCACCCAAUUAGACUUCCUAGUGAACUACAAAAAAUAGUGUCUCAUCCCAUCACAGAUGAUAGAGUUCGGAGCCCUGAUUGACUCCCAUUCAGCAAGAGUGUUCUUCCCAAAGACAAGUUCCUGUUGAUGCAGUUGCUAGUGUGUGAGAUAGACUUGAGCCUAACUAUGACGGUAUGGAUGUGUCUGGAGCUGCGAGGCCAUAUGUUGGUGUGCACGUAUGUGACACUUCUUGCCAGAUUUUACCUGCAACCAUUCCAAUUCGGUUUGUUCUCCAACAAGAUACCAGAUGAACAAGAAAGUGGUGGUCCCACCUCAUGUCACAGUACUGAGCUGGUGAAAGAAACCUGGAAAUGUGUGUGGAGGGGUACUGUUCUCUAGCCCCUCCAUAACAAGGACCUUAAUAACAGACACAUCAGGAACAGGCUGGGGAGUCCACCUGGAUCACCUGCAAAUGCAAGAGAUUUAGGCCCCAGAGGAUAUGGGGCUUCACAUCUAUGCCCUGGAACUCAGAGCCAUCAGUCUAGUCUGUGUGGCCUUCCUACCAGUUCUUCAAAACUCUUCAGUGCAGAUCCUGACAAACACCUCCACAAUGCACUACAUGAACAGGCAAAGAAGUGCACGUGCAUCUACCCUCUGCCUAGAAGCCAUCAAACUAAUGGACGUUGUGCCACAAAUGUGGAAUAACCCUGAUUGUCCUUCACCUCCCGAAUGUCAUCAACAACCUUAACAGAUUUCCUGAGCAAACAGUCACCACUCAUGAGGGGUCGUUGCAGAAAUCCAUCAUAAAACAAAUAUUUCUACACUGGAGGAUAUUGGUAAUAGAUCUGUUGAUCACCAAUAUCAGUACCAAGUGCAAGAGCUUUUGAUCCAGAGCAGUUCUGAAUCUAGGUUGUUACGGGUGCCUGCCUUCUUCCAAUGGGCUCAAGGCCUUCUAUGUACCUUUUCACAAAUUUCUCAGGGUGAUUUCCAAAAUCAAAGGAGACAGAAUCAUGAUCAUUCUUGUAGCUGUGUAUUGGCCGAGACAGUUUUGGUUGACAGACCCAGUACAAAUGUGCACUCAGCUUCCAACCCAACUCCCAGACUACCCAGACCUGAUCUCACAAUACCAUAGUCAGAUACUCUAUCCAGACAUGAAGUUGCUGCACCUAUGUGGCUAUUUGGGUGGCUGAGUAACAUGGACAUAGAUAGCUUGCUCCCUGCAGGUCCAGGAAAUCUUAGUACAGAGCAGGAAGAAAUCUUCCAGAAGAAUGUAUUA